AUGUUACAAGAUACAGCAGACAGCACAGACUUAAACCAAACGUGGAAGUUCUCACAAUGUUUUGGUGAUAAGGGAGAUAUAGAGAAUAUUACCGAAGCAGAUAUUAUAUCAACAGUUGAGUUUGACCAGACUGGGGAUUAUUUGGCCACGGGUGAUAGGGGUGGUAGAGUGGUUCUAUUUGAAAGAAAUAAGUCCAAGAAAAACUGUGAAUAUCGUUUCCACACCGAAUUCCAAUCACACGAUGCAGAAUUUGAUUAUUUAAAGUCUCUAGAAAUUGAAGAAAAAAUCAAUAAGAUAAAAUGGUGCAAAAGAUCUAACUCUGCCCAUUUCUUAUUGUCCACCAAUGAUAAAACCAUCAAAUUAUGGAAGAUCUAUGAGAAGACUAUAAAGAUUGUGAGCGAGAAUAACUUGAACGAUGGAUUUAAUAAUGGUUUCAACGGUUAUGGAAAUAGCGGAUUGAAUAGCUACAAUCUUAGUUUAUUGAACAAUAACCUUUUAUCAGGUCUUUCAAAUAUCUCUCAGUUACACAACAAUCCGAACUAUAUCUCAUUAAACAGCCUUCAUUUACCAAGAAUGUCCUUACAUGAUACUAUAAUUGCUGCUGCUCCAAGAAGAAUAUUUGCAAAUGCGCAUACUUAUCAUAUCAAUUCCAUAUCCAUCAAUAGUGAUGGUGAAACUUUUAUUUCAGCUGAUGAUCUUAGAGUUAAUCUCUGGAAUUUAGGAAUCUCUGACCAAUGUUUCAACAUUGUCGACAUUAAGCCAGCCAAUAUGGAAGAGCUUACCCAAGUCAUCACCAGUGCCGCCUUCCAUCCUCUUAGUUGUAACUUGUUUGCAUACUCAUCAUCGAAGGGUGAAAUAAAGCUUGCUGACAUGAGAGAGAACGCUUUGUGUGAUUCUCAAGCAAAGGUGUUCGAAGAAUACAUGGAUAGUACAGCUCAUAACUUCUUUACCGAAAUAACAACCUCAAUAAGUGAUGUGAAGUUCAGUAAUGACGGAAGAUAUAUGGUUAGUAGAGAUUACAUGACAGUUAAGAUUUGGGAUCUCAAGAUGGAAAAUAAGCCGAUUAAGACUAUCAAUGUUCAUGAACAAUUGAGAGAUCGCUUAUGUGAUGCCUAUGAAAAUGACGCUAUAUUCGAUAAAUUUGAAGUUGUCUUCUCCGGUGAUGGUAAGUCGAUGAUGUCCGGAUCAUAUAACAAUAAUUUCAUGAUUUAUCCAGACGCUGUCAAUAGUAACGAGGCCAAUGAAACAGAAAUCGUAUUACAAGCUGACAAGAGUGCAUUCAAGGCUAAAAAGGUAGGUAUUCCAACUCUUAGAAACAAGAACAACCAACCAGUUAAUGGAACAGGCAACAAUAAUAGCAUGAGAAGAGACUUGGACUUUGAGACCGUGGAUUUCAAGAAGAGUAUUUUACACUUGUCAUGGCAUCCAAUGGAAAAUAGUGUGGCAAUUGCAGCAACCAACAAUUUGUACAUUUUCUCAACCUCAUGA